CUCUUUCUCUUUCUCUCUCUAGUUUCCAUUGAUUUUGAGUUUCCCAAAAUGGGUUGUGUUUCUUCCCAUCUUCUGAAUCACGACGACGAAUUCGCCCAACUCGGAAGCUCGGCUCUGAGUCACCACAUCGUCUCGCUCACCUCCACCACUUAUGGCCUCCUCAAUCUCGAUCCGCCGCCGAUUCCGAUUCAAUCGCCCGCCGCGCCGCGGUUCACGUUCGGCUCCGUGUUCUCGAGUCCUCUGUGUGAGCCCAAAUCGGCGUGCCCCGAGCCGGAGGUUAUCAAUUCCUGGGAGCUCAUGGAUGGCCUCGAUGCCGAUAGUUUCCGAUUCUCUCUUCUCCCACAAUCCAAACGCUUCGCUCUCAAAGACCCUCAUUCCAACAACGAAAAUUCUAACCCCAAUUGCCCUAAUCACAUCCUCGAAUCCACCAUCCUCGGACCGUCGUCUCGGGCCGCUGCCACCGCCCCUGCCACGAUACCCUCUCCGGCAAAGCAUUUGCUGGACAGGUUCGAGAGGCUCUGCCCGCCGAGCGGGGAGAACCGGGUGGUGGUGUACACGACGACUCUACGCGGGAUACGAAAGACGUUCGAGGAGUGCAACGCAGUGAGAGCAGCGAUAGAGGGCACCGGAGUGCAGAUCUGCGAGCGAGACGUGUCGAUGGAUCGCGGGUUCAGGGAAGAGCUAAAGGAGCUGAUGAAAGGGAGAGGGCCAGAAGCUAUGGUUCCCCCAAGAGUGUUCAUAAGAGGAAGGUACAUAGGGAAUGGGGAACAAGUGCUGAAAAUGGUAGAAGAAGGAGCUGUGGGGGAGCUGCUUCAAGGGCUGCCCAAAAUCAGAGGUGGGUCAGUUUGUGAAGGGUGUGGGAAUGCAAGAUUUCUGCCCUGUUUUCGGUGCAGUGGGAGCUGCAAAUUGGUGAUGCCAAUGAAACAACAGGGGAAGAGGGCUGUGGUUAUCAAGUGCCCAGAUUGCAAUGAAAAUGGCUUGGUCCUUUGUCCCAUUUGCAGCUGAUUGUGCCUUUCAGAUAACUUAUAGUUCUACACUUUUUUUCUUCUUUUGUUUAUCAUAGAGAAGGUUCAGAGAAUGGGCAUUAUUCUCUUUUGUUGCUCUUCAUUUAUAUAGAGUGCUUUCUGUUGAAUCUGAUGCAGAGCUUUGUACUUUUUACAAUAAAUCUAAGGUCAG